AAGAAAAAAAGAAAAAGAUGAGUUCACCUCUGUCGAUGCUGAAGAAAACAAAGCGCGGUCCACUGCAGGGCGUUCACAGUGACCAGUGGAGGAAAGACAAAGUGCCUUUCAGGAGAAAUCUGUUAAAAGAGUUUCAGACAGCAGUGGUCAACAGUAACGAUUCAAGCGAUUCAAAUUCUUCCCAACUCCAUCGAACUCCAGCCAGUGACACCGUCACUUCAUUACCCAUAGGCCCAUUUAAGAACGGGGCUCCACCAAGCGACUUUGAGCUCAUGUCUGCCAUGAUGCAGCGGGUGACACUUCUGGAGAUAAAGGUGACGAACCAAACACAGGAGCUUCAGUCUAAGAAUAAAAAGAUCUCCAUGUUGGAAGAGAAGCUGAGGGUUCAGAGAGACUCAGCAUCUACACGUGAUCUGAGCGGCAGAGACGAUGUUGAAAAGAGGUGCCAACAACUGCAGAAUCAAGUGCACGAGAUGGAGAGCUUCCUCAGUGACUAUGGUUUGAUUUGGGUGGGAGACGAGAGGAGCAGCGACUCAGACAAGUGUGAGGAGACUCACAGCUCAGGAACCUCUGAGGGCAGGGAUUUCCACAUGAACUUUGACCUUGUGUUGCAGAGGAUCAAGGACAUGAACAUCGUUGCCGGGGAGGGAGAGACUUUCGUGCAGUCGACACCCACAGGAGCACAGUUGGCACGAAAGGAUCCUGUUCAACUGAGGCUCUACAGCAACGGCAUUGUCAUGUUUGAUGGUCCUUUCCGCUCCUAUCAGGAGAACAGCACCCAGCAGUUUAUGCGAGAUCUGAUGGAUGGGUAUUUCCCCUCAGAGCUCCAGGAAAGAUUUCCUGAUGGAGUUCCUUUUGAGGUUCAUGACAGGCGAGAUGAAGAAUUUAUCCUCAGGCUACCUUGGAAUACAUUUCCAGGUGAAGGACAGACUGUUUGUGGGAAGAAAGAUGAAUCAUCAAAUGUUACCGGACACCAAACUCCCGGCAGGAAACUGACCAUGGAUCAAUUUAUGAACCGGAUGCCCAAGAUGGUGGUCAAAGCUGGACAAGUCAUUGAUAUCAGGGAGUCACUGAGAACAAACCUGCAGGGUUCACCUGCUGCUCCGAGCAGCGACUUGAUGAUCCUUGUAGACACAGCUGCUCUGCAGGCCAUGAAACAGAGGCUGCAGACGUUCAGCUCAGACCGACCGCCGUCGGCCCGUAACAUCGUCACGCUGAAGGUGAAGUCCGAGGACGGGAAUCAGACUUACAUUUUGAAAAUGUGUUUCUCAGAAACAAUUGGCCACCUGCGGCAGUAUCUGGACAAACACAGAGGUGGUGGUCCUGCUGAUUAUGACAUCAUCAGUGCGCACCCUCAGUUCUGCUACGAAGACGAGAGCAGGGCGCUGCAGUCGUACGGCCUCACAACUAAUGCUCAUCUACUGCUGCGAAAGAGACAACACUCUCAAUCACUUGAAGUCAAAUAAACCUUAAAACAAAGCUUGUUUGUUUUUAAGAACAA